AUGGAGAGGAAGAAGGACCUUCACAUGGUGUUCAUCGACCUAGAAAACGCAAAUAACAAAGUCCCAAUGGAGGUUCUAUGGAGAUGCCUGGAGGCUAAAGGUGUACCGGUGGCAUAUACUCGGGCGAUCAAGGACAUGUAUGAUGGGGCCAAGACAAAAGUAAGGACGGUGGGAAGAGACUCGGAGCACUUUCUAGUUGAGAUGAGGUUGCAUCAGGGAUCAGCUCUUAGCUCGUUUUUAUUUGCCUUUGUGAUGGAUGAACUGACAUGGAAAGUCCAAGGGUUUAGAUUGAGCAGAACCAAGACGAGGUACUUGGAGGAGUGCAAGUUCAGUGACGUAAAGUGUGAGGCGGGCGUGGAAGUGUGUCUUGAUAAACAGGCAAUCCAAAAGCGAGGGGUUUUUAUAUAUCUUGGAUCCAUUAUACAAGGAAACAAGGAGAUUGACGAUGAUGUCACACACCAUAUUGGGGCAGGGUGGAUGAAAUGGAAGCUCGCAUCUGGAGUCUUAUGUGAUAAGAAGGUUCCACAAAAACUUAAAGGCAAGUUCUACAGAAUGGCAGUUAGACCUACUACGUAA